AUGGCUUCUAAAUUGGCUGUUUGUACCGCCGGCUUCAUCCACAUCGUCCUUGGACUGUCCCUAUUCCUAUCGCAAGAGGCCGAUGCCUGUUCCCCUGCUCCCCAGCUGGCCAGUUAUAUCUUCGCCGGAGCAGUACUUGUGGCGGCAGUUAGAAUAACGCUCUAUUCGAAGCGAUACAUCCAUUUGCCGUACUUCAUUCAGUUUCUGGUGGAGACUAUAGGCACGCUGGCCAUUCUAGAGUUCAGUAAUCUCUAUUUUUGGUGCCGUUUGGAGCGGAUUAUCCAUCACGUCGUGCGGCUGUCAUUCUUCUCCUUGGGAAUGGGCGCCGAAAAGUAUUUAAAGCAAGAGUACUGGCUUUUGGUAGUUCCUACCACAGCGCUGGCGGCCAGCUUUUUGGUCCUUGCCACACGGGGGGUAUCCCUUUUUCGAAAGCAACCAAUGAUCAUUAAUAUAAAUAGGAACAGGAGACACACGGAUAUGGUUGCGCAUCUUGAAAUUCUCAAAAAUUAUCGAAAUAGACCUUUAAAUCCUCGAAAUUAUAUCAACCAUUAG